AUGGCCGACACUACCACUGCCCCUGCCACCCAGGCCGCCGCCGCCGCCCCCGCGGACGGCACCAGGCCUGCCCGCCGCCGACGCUCGUCCACCCCAUGGACCGAGGUGCUCGCCAUGACGUCGUUGCAGCUCGGCGACACCUCAGCCGUGUCCAUUGACAACGCCGUCGACGACGAGCCCGCCUUCGACCCCGAAACGCCGCGUGACAUGAGCUCGUAUCCCCCGCCAGAGCCCGGAGCCGACUUUAACAUUGUCAUGAUUGGCGCUGGCAAUAUCAUGUUUGGCUCGGCCGAGGGUCCGUGGAACCACUCGUUCCGCCUCGAGCACAAACUCGGUCCCCGCCUCAAGGUCACGGCCCUCAUUGACCCCAACCUCGAGCGUGCGGCCCAGGUCGUCGAGGAUAAGUGCAAGAGCUUUGUACGCAGCGCAUACGAAAACUGCAAGUUCUACAAGACGCUCGAGGACUACCACACUGCUCUGGUGGCCCACAAGCUUCCGCCGCCCCAUGCCAUUAUUGUCGGUUGCCCCCCCGCGUACCGUGGCGGCACGACCAAGGGCACAGACCUAGAACUGACCCUUAUCAAGUACUUUCCUCGCGUGCCCUACUUUAUCGAGAAGCCGGUCGGCACGUGUCCCGUCGAAAGCGCCAAGACGGUUGCGCGGAGCUUGCUUACCAACGGCAACAUUGUGUCGGUCGGGUACAUGCUCCGCUACCUCCGUUGCGUGCAGCGCAUGAAGCAGAUUCUGCACGAGAACAACCUUACCGUCAUGGCGACGAACGCGCGUUACUCGUGCGCCUACGAGGCCAUCGCCAAGCCCGCGUGGUGGACCAAGUCGAUCGACAUGGGUCCCGUCAUCGAGCAGGGCACGCACUUCUGCGACCUGUCUCGCUACUUUGGCGGCGACGUCGACAUGGACUCUGUCUCGGCCCACGCUGUGGAAUGGUACGAAGCCCCCGGCAAGCUCUCCAAGAUUCCCGUCGACGAGGCCAAGAUUGCCGAAGACGACCGUAUCCCCCGCAUCACCUCUGCUGUGUGGAAGUACACGAACGGAGCCGUCGGCACGUUCCAGCACUCGGUGUCCCUCCAGGGCGACCAGUACUUUUGCGAGCUCGAGGUCUGGGCGGACGGAUACCUCCUCCGUCUCACGGACCCGUAUCAGAACCCGACGCUGUUCGUCCGCCGGCCGGGAAGCAGCGACGAGGAACGCAUUCAGUAUAAUGAAGACGACCCGUUCUUCUCGGAAAUCUCGGGGUUUAUCGAUACGAUCGAGGACGGCCCAGAGCCCAAUAUUCUCAGCACGUUUGAAGACGCCGCAAAGAGCUACGAACUUACUUGGGCAAUCCGUCUGGCCUCGGAGACAAAGAUCGUCCACAAGCCAUCGGAGAUUGCGUAG